AUGUCAACAAACUCUCCCAACCCCUUCGCCUUCAACACGACCUCCGACCGUAACUAUACAAAUGGCUAUAUCUGGGUGUUCAGAAAGGCUGCUGUCGAUAUACCGUGCGAUCUUUACAAUUUCUAUCUUCAAGAAGGACUGUUUGACAAGUCCCAUACCAUUGGUGAACCAUAUCAUUUUCAAGGAAAGCUUUGCGAUAAAAAAUUCAAGAGCCAAGUUCCUGUUUACUAUCAUUCUCACCUUGAUGCCUUUACGGUAAUUACGGCGAAAGUCCCAGAUGACUGGAAGGAUGGUCCUGUUGAACACUUUAUAGAUUUACGAGAUGCAGGUUACACAACAACGGUAGGACCAGCCCAGUUUUUUGAAUCCAAGCAAAACAAGAUAGACCCAGCCCACGCCUUAAAGGUUUGCAUCAGACGAGGUAGACCAGCCAAUAUGGUCUUGGUAGGAAAAGGAAGACCCCUACUUAUCAGUCACUUGAGAAGAUGCAACCUUCCAAGAGAAGAAGGACCUCUCUUGAACACUGUGCAGACAAGGAAAAUACCGAACAACCCUUGA